CUGACGUCACAGGCCUUCCGAAGUACUGCCCCAAAACAAACGAGGUGCGUGUUUCCAACUGUCUCGAGAAGAUGGUUAGAAUAGAAUGGCUUGCUGAGUUUAGCUGGGAAAGGCGUGUGUGGUAGAUCGAGUUUUUCUCGCCACGCUGCCUCACCCUGUGAUGAUGAUGAGAUGAAGAGCAGGAGGUGGUUUCUGGGGAGAUGGACGUCUCUGCCUCUCUGCUCUGACUGCUGCCUGUGUGUGGAAGAUACUUGAAGGGCAUUGGGAAAACUAUCCAUGUAUUUCAUUCAUAAACUGAUCCUUAUAUGCUUUAUACUUAUUGACCAACCAUUUGAAUGCUUUGAAGUUCACAUCCAUUCCACUUAUAUCAGUGUAUUGGCAGGAAUCUGGCCAUAUGUCACGACACAUUGCACUACUGUAAGGGCGACACCAGAAUUUUGUGAUAUUUGUUAUCCAAAGAGGUGAUUUAUGGAUGUGGUGAAGAAGGACAUGAGGUUUGUAGGUUUGAGAGAAGAGGAGGCAGAGGACAGGGUGAGAUGGAGGAGGAUGAUCCGCUGUGGCGGCCCCUCAAGGGAGAAGCAAAAAGGAAAAGAAGUACACACAUACAUACAUACAUGAAAUAGAUAAUAAUAUUCAAUCCAAAGUUGUCCAAGUAGCAUGCACUUGUUCCAUGUUAGACGUUAGCUGCAAUGCAACCUUGGCCCAGUACUUUCAUCACAGAAAAGACACUUUCAACUUCGGGUUUCACCAAGCUGGACUCAAAGAAAAAUCCACGCGAUCAUAGUCCUGUGAUGACUUCUUGUUCCUGAUCAUGAAAACUUCAACAUAAUGAAUGAUCAUGACUCAUCAGUGACUCCUCAAACAUGGACAAGUAUGAAAAGAUUAGGAAAAUAGGGCAAGGGUCAUUUGGGAGGGCGACCCUUGUGAAAUCCAAAACAGAUGGACGCAACUAUGUCAUCAAAGAGAUCUGCAUUUCUGGCAUGUCCAGUAAAGAGAGACAAGAAUCUCGAAAUGAAGUUGCAGUUCUUGCCAACAUGAGUCAUCCUAACAUUGUCCAGUAUAAAGAGUCAUUUGAAGAGGGGGGCAGUCUGUAUAUUGUGAUGGAUUACUGUGAAGGAGGUGACCUUUUCAAGAAGAUCAACUCUCAAAAAGGAGUUCAAUUUCCUGAGGAGCAAAUUUUGGAUUGGUUUGUGCAAAUAUGUUUGGCUCUCAAGCACGUCCAUGACAGAAAAAUCCUUCAUCGAGACAUCAAAUCCCAGAAUAUCUUUUUGACUAAGGAAGGGACAGUCCAGCUUGGUGAUUUUGGAAUUGCAAGGGUGCUGAACAGCACAGUUGAACUGGCCAGAACAUGCAUUGGCACACCGUAUUACUUAUCUCCGGAAAUUUGUGAAAAUAAGCCGUACAACAACAAAAGUGAUAUUUGGGCCCUAGGCUGUGUUCUAUAUGAAAUGUGCACGCUAAAGCAUGCAUUUGAGGCUGGAAACAUGAAAAACCUUGUCCUAAAGAUCAUCCGUGGGACGUACCCCCCAGUGUCAAUUCACUACUCCCAUGAUCUGAGAUCUCUCUUGGCCCUGCUUUUUAAACGUAAUCCCAGAGAGAGGCCUUCAGUUUGUUCCAUUUUGGACAAACCGUUCCUCUCUUGUAGGAUACAAAAGUUCCUCACACCACAGAUCAUUGCUCAGGAAUUUCGCCCCCUUGUUCUUCACAAGAAGGCUGUGGUCAGCGGGACAAAGGGACAAGCUGCCAAGCGCCCUGCCUCUGGUUGUGUGUCAGUCUCUCCUGCACAGAGGAUAACCACACCAGCCUCCAAAUAUGGAGUACCUGUAAAUAUGAAGAAGGUGACAGAUGCAACCAAAAACCCUGGAGACAGGAAACCAUCUCAAAAACCAAAAAUGGCUGUUCUUCCAGCAGCAGCUCAGAGGAGACUCAGGCAAUUGGAGGAAGAAAGGAAAAAACAAGAGGAAAGCAUACGGAGGAAAAGGAUGGAGCAGAUUGAGAAAGAAAGAAAACGAGAGAGGGCCCUUGUUCUGAAAGUAGAACAAAUGAAGCGCUAUGAAAAAGAAAAGAUCAAUCGUAUUAAUCAAGCCAGAGAACAAGGCUGGAAGCACGUGCUGAGUUCCAGUGGCGGCAGCAGUCCAGAGAGGAAGUGUUUUGUCGGUGUUCGAAAGAAGACACCAGUUGUCAGUGCUGGGCCUGCCCAGGGUCCCAUUCCAGUCCCUGGACAAAGCCAAAGCCCAUUUGAGCAGUACCCUGUAGCCACAGCUCAACCUCAGUCUAAAGAUGGUAGCAAGCAGGGAUCCUCUGCUGCAGCCCCUCGAAGUGUCUCAGCGGAUGUCGCCUCAGCUGAGCCAGGUCCAGGCCCUUCCCGUCUGUUAAACUCUGAUGUAAUCAAGAGGGAACUGCAGAGGCUCCAGCAUGUUUCCAAACAAGCUCACAUCAGCAGGCAGCGUGGUCACAUGGCGGUUGAGCGAUCGUAUCAAGUUGAAGAGUUUUUGCAGCGAAAAAGAGAAGCUAUGCUUAACAAAGUUCGUGCUGAAGGUCAACUGGGAGCUCGGCAUAACCUGGCAGCAAUCUAUGGAAGGGGUGGUUCUGUUCGCUGCCGGAGACCCAAAGUCAACAAGGAGGAGGAGGAGUACUUGGCACGACUGAGGCAGAUCCGCUUGCAGAACUUCAAUGAGCGUCAGAAGAUUAAAGCUCAACUGAGGGGUGAAAAGUACGACAGUGAUGGUUCCGACAGCCAGGUUUCCAAUGAGAGUGCUGAGAUCAGAAGGAAAAGGAUGGAGGCUGUCAGAGCCCAGAUGAAUGCCCGUGCUGCUGUACUCAGGGAGCAGCUGGAGUUAAAAAAGAAAGAAGAGAAGGAGAGAGAAAAGCGAGUGUGGGAGGAGCAUCUUGCAGCUCGUGGCCUCAGAAUUUGUCUUGAAAAUGUAGCAGAAGUAGCGGCGGCAGUAGUGGACUCAAUACCCUUUGACAGUCCUCCUGUGCAACCUAGUUCCUCACAUUCGGAUCCUGAUGCCAAAAUUCCAUCCCUGCCUCAGCCCACUAUCUCUUCCCCCAGUAUAUCCAUGACCGCUGCUCUGGAGAUUGUUGGAGCAAUGACUCCGCUAAAAAACACCUUCCAGAGUUCAGCGUCUGCCGUCCAGUGCGAGAAAAAGCAGAUCCUUCGAAGGCUGAACCAGAACCUCAAAUCUCAGAGCCCAGAUGAAGCUACGCUGUCAGCUCCUUCUCAACCUAGUGAGAUGGAGCAAAAGCCCCACGAGGAACAGUGUGUCUUGUCUAAUGGAGACAGGAAAAAGUGGGACGUGUCGGUGCUGCCAGUACUUCCUAUUGCACAGAAAACUUUAUUGGAAACAUGUUGUACUGUAACAACCACAGGGGUGCCUCCAGAGGACCGACCAUCCUGUGAUGGAGACAGGAGAAAGUGGGAACCCGGGACUCCACUUGUACUCGCCCAGAAAACUCUAUUGGACACCUGCAUUAUAACCAGAGAGCCAACAGCAGAGGAAAUGGUUCUUUUGGGAGCUUUGAAGAGUGAAGUGCCUGAUAAAGAUGUGGCUGUAGUUCCCAAAUCUCAGUUGCACAGAAGCAUCAAUGUGACCCAGACUCAGCCUUUUGGUGAGGUUGAGGAGCAAGUACAUAUCUCUCAAGAUGUAUCUGGUUUGCCUAAUCAGAACGCUUCUGCUGGGGUAGUGAAGACAUCUCUGCCGGAGAUCGUCCCGGAAACUGAUGCGUCCACAUCAGUCCAGAACCCUGAGGUUCAGAAGGAUCAGUCUCCAUCCAUCUGUCAGCUACAGACACCGGAAUGUCUGUUGGUGCCUUCUGACACAACUGAAAUUCAAGAUUUUGAGUCUGUUGUUUUGGAAAACGACCUGAAGCAAGUUUCACACCAAGCAGCUGCAGUUGUGGCUUGGGAGAAAGAAGCACAUCAGCCACUGCCAACAGAUGGUGCUACAAGCUCUGCUGUGAACGACGUUGGUGAGACUGGUGAAGAACGAAUUCUGGCAGAGCCUUCUGCUCCAGUACAGUGUGAGGAACCUCUGUUUAUAAAGUUGUGUUCUCCUGCCCACCGGCGAGCUGCUGUGCUUGGAAUUCUUUCAACUCAGUCUUCUAUGGAAGAGUCCUCCUCCUCUCUGGCCUCUCGCUCGCGCUCCGUCUCACCUGUUCGUUCUAAGGACCACAAUGCAUUUCUUUUUGAUCUCUCGACGGGCAUGUUUGAUGCCAACAACCCCAAGAUGCUGCGAACCUGCUCUCUACCGGAUCUCAGUCGAGUCUAUAGCCAACCGCCUCAGUCUGCCAGGGCUACAGAGCCGACUGUUGCACCUGAAGUGAACAAUCUGGACAUUGAAGACCUAGAUGAUGCAGCUAAGGAGGAAGAUCAGUCAGAGACAGAAGAUGCUUAUGAGGAUGAAGACCUCCAGGACAUCAGGGCAUCCAUGGAGAGACUCCUACAAGAGGACUUGAUACAAACCUCCACUGAAGUUGAACCCGGGGAUUAUAAUCCUCGUGACAAUGAAGCUCAAGAACAAUGCGACAACAAUGGUAGUGACAAUGAGCUCGAUGAUAAUCACAUGGUUCUAGACGGAGAUGAUGCUGUGGAGAACGAUGAUGUGGACGAUCAGGAUAUGGAGGAAGAUAAUCCCAAUGAAGAGGUGGACCAGGAUGACGGAGAUGAAGAAGACUGUUCGAAUGGGACUCCCGAGUAUGAGGAAGAUUUAUUAACCAAUGGAGUGGAGGGAGAGAACCCAAGUAAUGAAAGCCAGGUUCAUGAAGAGUGGAUUUCUGAUGGCAGUGAAGAAGACCAUGAGGCAGAGGCCCAACAUUGUGACAGCAUCUUCAGUCGUCUGGAGGAGCUCCGCUAUAAUCUGGAGCAACAAAUGGGGUUUGAGAAGCUCAUUAAAGCUUACAAUAAAAUUAAGGCGAUACAUGAAGAUGAAGAUGAGACAAUAGACCAAGCAUCCAGUUUAGUCUUGAAUAUUUUGGGAACGGAGCACCAGCAUCUUUAUCCCAACAUCCUUCACCUAGUAAUGGCAGACGGUGCUUACGAAGAAGGCAAUGAAUGAGGCGGAGCUGCUGGCAGCUUUGACAAUCAGCUCCCUGGUGUCUUCCCUCGACUGGUAUCCUGGGAAGGAGCAUCUCUGCAUGACGCGCUGCAGCAUCAGACCGUGUUCCAGGUGCACUUGCAUGAUGAGGUGGUUCAUCUACAACUAGCAGCUAUUUUCUAAUCCCAAGUCCUAAAAACAAAAAAAGUGCCGAAUGUUACGAUUGACCAAAAAGCUCUCGUGUUAGAUGUGUGACUUUACAUGAAGCGCAUGUUCCCUCGCACUGGCUGUUACCCUGAAGUCUCGUUUCUGCCAUGGCAUUUUAUUUCCUCAGGAAAACUCUCAGGUUUCUCUCUUUCUAACUGUUGAAUAACUUUCUUACCUUCUGGUUCAACACUGUUCUGUACAAGGGAAGUUCUUCCAGGCCGCUUUUAACAUUCCAACCCUUUCCUUCCGAAGAGCUGAGGCUGUUGUAAGAGAAUCAGUAGCUGGACUGGGAGUGGAAAUUGUAGAGUCAUCUGUUGGAUCAUAUUGAUGUUCAGUCCAUGAAAACGCACUAAUAACUGAAGCAAUCUUGUAUAAACUAACUAUAAUAGUGAAUAUGAUUGUGAUGAGUGUGUCUUGUAAAUAUUUGUAAUCAAAUAAAGACUUUUAUGUACUGUGGAGUCCAUUUUAAAUAUGUAUAUAUUUCCUGACGUUGACUACAUUUAUUUAUAGUUUGUAUUCACAGCUGAGAUGGCGCUACAAGGCAUCCCUCUGUCCCUCAGUCAGACUUGUUUUCUCGGUUUUGAGCUGUAGCCAACUGAUUUGAUGAGCAUUCUUCCAGUGACAAUCACAUAUG